GUGACAGUGGUAGCAGGCAUCACUCGCGCUCUGCUCGUCUCCUCUCCACCCCCACACUUUGCUUCGGAGGCCAGGCACAAACAAUUCAGAUUCUUCCCACAUCCCGAUCCUGUCUUCUUCAUCCGAUUUCCCUCCAAUCUUCACUCAGACAAAUUACCUCCCCACCCCCUUUCCGUCAAAUCACGAUCUCUGUGCGCGGAAAGCCAAAUAGAGUGCCCUGCUUGUCCUUGGCUCUCCCACCACCACCACCGCCGCCGCCCCUGCUGCUGCUACUACUAGUACCUUAGCCUCACCUGGCACGCCGUCUUGCAGGAGCGCCAAGAUAGCUUCUUCUUCUUGAAAUCGCCUGCAUGAGUGUGCUCUCCGUUGCUUCUUCCCCCUCCCCGGUCUGGAACGAUGGGAGAUGGCACCAAGAAGAGCAAGCUAUCAUGGUCUAACUCCAAGAGCCUCGUGAGGAAGUGGUUCAACAUCAGGGGGAAGUCCCAUGACUUCCAUGCCGAUGACGCUGCUGCCAUUGGCAGGAGACGAGGAGGAGGGGACGGCGAGUGGAUGAGCGGCAGCUUUUCCAGGCGGGAAUCCUGCACGGUCAAGAAGAGCAGGACAGAGAGGAGGAGCUCGCACGAGCGGUCGCAGCGGAGCAAGAUCGACCUCGACGCCGCCGAGGCCACAGUCACCUUGGACUACAGGAUCUUUGUUGCUACGUGGAAUUUAGGUGGUCGCGCGCCGCCCUGCUCCCUGGGCCUCCACGACUGGCUCCACACCUCGCCGCCGGCGGACAUCUACGUCCUCGGGUUCCAGGAGAUCGUGCCGCUGAACGCAGGCAACGUGCUGGGCGCCGAGGACAACGGCCCGGCGCGCAAGUGGGUGUCACUGGUCCGGCGGACGCUGAACAGCAUGCCGGGGAGUGGCAGCGGCAGCGGCAGCGCGACUCUGCAUACGCCGUCACCGGCGCCCAACGUGGUGGUGGAGAUGGACGACGACUUCCAAGGGUCGUCGAGGCGGGACAACCCGUCCUUGUUCCACCGUCGGUCAUUCCAGGCCGGGCGCAGCCGGAGCCUGAGGAUGGAGGGCGACAUCCUCGCCCCCAGGCUCGACCGCCGGUACAGCGUCAACGACCGCGUCAUGUACGGCAGCAGGCCGAGCGACUACGAAGCCAACUACCACCGGUGGGAGGACGAGAACAACGACGGCGAGUCGCCCAGCACGGUGUUCUCGCCGAUGUCGUAUGGGUACGGCAAUGCGCCACCGUACGUGGAAGAAACCAAUGGGACGGCUGCUGGCCACACGAGGUACUGCCUUGUUGCAAGCAAGCAAAUGGUUGGGUUGUUCCUCAUGGUUUGGGCUAGGAGAGAAAUAAAGAGUGACAUACGGAAUCUCAAGGUCUCUUGUGUCGGCAGAGGAUUGAUGGGGUAUCUUGGAAACAAGGGCUCGAUUUCCGUUAGCAUGCUAUUGCACCAAACGAGCUUCUGCUUCGUCUGCAGUCACCUGACAUCAGGGCACAAGGACGGCGACGAGCACCGCCGGAAUUCUGAUGUCAUGGAAAUCCUGAGAAAAACCAGGUUUCCAAUGGUUUAUGGGCAAUAUGAAAGAUCGGCUGAAACUGUCCUAGAGCAUGAUCGAAUCGUUUGGCUUGGGGACCUGAAUUACCGGAUAGCGCUUUCUUACCGGGCAGUGAAGGCCCUUGUGGAGAUGCGCGACUGGAAAGCAUUGUUAGAGAAAGAUCAGCUGAGGAGCGAGCAAAGAGGCGGCCGCGUCUUCCCCGGUUGGAAUGAGGGGAGGAUAUACUUCCCGCCGACAUACAAAUACUCGAAUAACUCUGACAAAUAUGCAGGGGAAGACAUGAAUCAGAAGGAGAAGAAGAGAACACCUGCAUGGUGCGACCGUAUUUUGUGGUACGGGAGAGGCCUUAGCCAACUAUCCUAUGUCCGGGGAGAGUCGCGCUUCUCUGACCAUAGACCUGUGUACAGCAUGUUCAGUGCAGAAGUAGAGUCCAUCAAUCACAGCCGGAUACAGAAGAUGAGUUCUUCAAGCUCGCAACUCGACAUCGAGGAAUUGCUGCCCUAUUCAUAUGGGUACACCGACAUCAACCCGUAUGGAUACACUGAUCUUAAUUUCUACUAGAGUGGAAUUCAGAACGAGCCUUCAUGCCUCAUGGGAUUGGGAGGUACACUUGAGAAAUUGUAAGCCCAGUGCUGAGCCUGAAUUGCGUUGCAACGUCAGUCUUUGUUGACAACAGAGGAUAGCGUAUGCGGUGAAGCCAAUUGGUGCUCUUUUUUGCAGUAUAAACCAAGUCAGGAAGAGAUUGCAGGCAGCAGAAAGUGAGAUGUUUCACUGACUCCAUACAGAUAAAAUGAUAACAGAAAAUAACAUACCUUACAUAACUCAUACAAUGGGCAGGUAGUAUCAGCCGUUGUCCCAUCUGAAAUCCAAUCUGUGACUUCGGCCAAAGCAGAUAUAUGCUGCCAGAUAGAAAUGGCGAGUGUUUCCCAGAAUUUUUUCCUGUACAUUGUAAGACAAUUUCUUCCAUUAUUUUUGGUUGCUGUGAGAAAACGACAAGACUCGCGUCGUGAGAUCCUUGUUUUUCUUGGCUUUUGAGAGCUGUAAAAAAGAUCAUGAAUGCAUGCAGUGUUUAUACUCAUUUUUCUGGA